AUGCCUGUUGCAUAUAAUGUCAUAAAUGAUCGAGUCAAGGCACUAUUAUUUUAUCAAAAGACAUUUUCUAUUUGUGAAAAAAAUUCUACUGCGAAUGAUUUAUCAUUAGCUAAUGUCUAUAGCAAUAUCGGAUCAAUUUAUCGUUCAAUGGAAAAUUAUUCGGACGCUAUAAGUUAUUAUCGAAAAACAAUGAUAAUUGAACAAUGUAAAUUAUCAGAAAAUGAUUUUUCGUUAUCAACUACAUAUAAUAAUAUUGCUAUUGCCUAUAAAUCUAUGGGAGAUAAUCAAAAUGCUCUUGAAUUUUACGAAAAAUCACUCAAUAUUUAG